AUGACAUUUACUGGCUUCUUUUUCUUCUGUAUGCUGAUGAACAUGCUAACAGAUGCCCGAUCCAUCCAGGAUGGAGAUGAUCUCUACAGGGAAGCUGCAGCCUUGCCCUACUGGCCCUUCUCAUCCAAUGAUUUCUGGUCCUAUGUGGAAUAUUUCCGGACCUUGGGAGCCUACAACAGGAUCAAUGACAUGGCCAGAGCCUUCUUUGCCCAGUUCCCUUCUGGGAGCCACCUCGGCUACCACGUGCGUGACCAUGAGCACUGA